AUGUUGGAUAGCAAUGGCUACCUCCUUGGGGUAGUUAACACCCAGACUGAUGUGACCUUUGAAGUCUCCAAGGCCUGGCCGGUGGGAGUCAUCUUCUCCACAGGAGCUGGAGGAGGGAAUGAUAUCCAGUGGUGUUUCUCUCAGGUGAAAGGAGCAGUAGAUGAUGAUGUAGCAGAAGCAGAUAUAAUUUCUACAGUAGAAUUUAAUCAUUCUGGAGAAUUACUAGCAACAGGAGAUAAAGGUGGUAGAGUCGUCAUCUUUCAACAAGAGCAGGAGAACAAAAUCCAGUCUCAUAGCAGAGGAGAAUAUAAUGUUUACAGUACCUUCCAGAGCCAUGAACCAGAGUUUGACUACUUGAAAAGUUUAGAAAUAGAAGAGAAGAUCAACAAAAUUAGGUGGUUGCCCCAGAAAAAUGCUGCUCAGUUUUUAUUGUCUACCAAUGAUAAAACAAUAAAAUUAUGGAAAAUCAGUGAAAGGGACAAAAGACCAGAAGGGUAUAACUUGAAAGAAGAAGAUGGAAGGUAUAGAGACCCCACUACAGUUACUACACUACGAGUGCCAGUCUUCAGGCCCAUGGAUCUAAUGGUUGAGGCCAGUCCACGAAGAAUAUUUGCCAAUGCUCAUACAUACCACAUCAAUUCAAUUUCUAUUAAUAGUGAUUAUGAAACUUAUUUAUCUGCAGAUGAUUUGCGAAUAAAUCUUUGGCAUCUGGAAAUUACAGACAGAAGUUUCAAUAUUGUGGAUAUCAAGCCUGCCAAUAUGGAAGAGCUCACAGAGGUGAUUACGGCAGCAGAAUUCCAUCCAAACAGCUGUAACACGUUCGUAUACAGCAGCAGUAAAGGAACUAUUCGGUUAUGUGACAUGAGGGCAUCCGCCCUCUGUGACAGGCACUCUAAACUGUUUGAAGAACCAGAAGAUCCCAGUAACAGGUCAUUUUUUUCUGAAAUCAUCUCCUCUAUUUCUGAUGUAAAAUUUAGCCAUAGUGGUCGCUAUAUGAUGACUAGAGACUAUUUGUCGGUCAAAAUUUGGGACUUAAAUAUGGAAAACCGGCCUGUGGAAACAUACCAGUGUCGUCAUGACUGGGUCCUACAAUAAUUUCUUCAGAAUGUUCGACAGGAACACAAAGCGAGAUAUAACCCUAGAAGCGUCACGAGAGAACAAUAAGCCUCGCACAGUUUUGAAGCCACGCAAAG